GGGACACUUUCGAUGUCUAGCUUGAGGCGUCCACACGCCUUCGCUUGGGCGGUUGCCUUCCUGCUGCCCAUCGCCUGCCUCACACAGAGUCCCCGGUUCACCUUCAAUCCAUCAAACUACAACCCUCCAGCUGGAGAGGCCCCGCCGUCCCCUUCGCUGCUGAAAGUCAUACAAGGCAACGAGACCCAGGUAUUUGGUAGGUCCCUGGACACAACAGACCUCCACUUCAAGGGAGCUCCUCUCAGCCAGUUCCCUGGUGUCACCUUCAGAGGCAACAAGGCAUGCUCGCCGCACGGCUACCAGGACUCACUGGCCCUCCACAGCUUUGUCGUGCCAGACCUUGAAACGGAUGGACCGGCCAUCCGCACAUGGCGCGGGACAGGAGACGGCUCCUACCCUCUCCCCAACAAGGUCAUCUACCUCGACCUACAGAGCGGCAACAUCAUCGUGGGGGACAUGGCGUUCAAUUGGACGCAGCAGGCGCGGAAGAUUGACUACACGCUGAUCACGCCAAAUGUGGUGGAUCUGGACCAGUACAGGGCAGCGCUGGGCGACCUGACUGAGAUUGUGCAGGGACUGGCCACUGGGCGCCCCCCCUGGUUCUCCGCUGGCUCCCUGUGCAACAAUCCCAUCCCUGCCCUCAAUGAGACAUGGAGGUAUCUGCAGAGCAUACAAGAGGAGAUCAGCAACAGCUCAAACGUGAGCGGCGGGCUGCGGCCGACGGAGAUCCGGUUGCGGUCGGGGUGCAUUGAGGAAAUUGAGACCAACUACAAGGGCGACGCCGUCUCUGAUAUCCUGUCCAAUAUCUCUGGCGGUGAUGAGUGCUGCCAGAACUGCAGGAACACGACGGGGUGCAAUGUGUGGGUGUGGUGUCCGCUGACAAGCGGCUGCGCGACUGGCAGCGGCGCAUUUCCCUACCUGGGCUGCCAGCUCAAGUUCCAGGCCAACGUCAGCACCUCUGCUGGCCCCCAGCCCCUGCCCCAGGCCUGGAGCCGCGGACCCCCUACCGGCUUUGUCUCAGGAAGGUUGGCGUACACAUAG